AGGACAAGUUCUCCUACAAUGUCGUACAGACGGGAACUAGAGAAAUACCGAGACCUGGAUGAAGAUGAAAUCCUCGGAGCCCUGACAGAGGAAGAGCUCAGAACCUUGGAAAAUGAGCUGGAUGAGCUGGACCCUGAUAAUGCACUGCUGCCUGCAGGCCUGAGGCAGAAGGAUCAGACCACCAAGGCGCCCACGGGCCCCUUUAAAAGAGAGGAACUCUUGGAUCAUUUGGAAAAGCAAGCAAAGGAGUUUAAGGACCGAGAAGAUCUGGUCCCCUACACAGGAGAAAAACGAGGAAAGGUCUGGGUCCCCAAGCAGAAGCCAAUGGAUCCUGUGCUGGAAAGUGUGACAUUGGAGCCAGAGUUGGAGGAGGCCUUGGCAAACGCCUCUGAUGCAGAGCUCUGUGAUAUCGCAGCUAUCCUGGGCAUGCACACCCUCAUGAGCAACCAGCAGUACUACCAGGCCCUGGGCAGCAGCUCCAUCGUGAACAAGGAGGGCCUCAAUAGUGUGAUCAAACCAACACAGUACAAGCCCGUGCCUGAUGAAGAACCCAACUCCACAGACGUAGAAGAGACGCUGGAGCGGAUAAAGAACAAUGACCCUGAACUUGAAGAGGUUAACCUCAAUAACAUCCGGAAUAUCCCCAUACCCACCCUCAAGGCCUAUGCAGAAGCCCUGAAAGAGAACUCUUACGUGAAGAAGUUCAGCAUCGUUGGGACACGGAGCAAUGAUCCUGUGGCGUAUGCCCUUGCUGAGAUGCUCAAGGUGAACAAGGUGUUGAAGACGCUGAAUGUGGAAUCCAAUUUCAUUUCUGGAGCCGGGAUCCUGAGACUGGUGGAAGCCCUUCCACACAACACGUCUCUUGUGGAGCUAAAAAUUGAUAACCAGAGCCAGCCCCUGGGCAACAAAGUGGAAAUGGAGAUCGUGAGCAUGUUGGAAAAAAAUGCAACGCUUCUCAAAUUCGGCUACCACUUCACUCAGCAGGGACCUCGGCUGCGGGCAUCCAACGCAAUGAUGAAUAACAACGACCUUGUGAGGAAGAGGCGGCUCGCAGACCUGACCGGGCCCAUCAUUCCCAAGUGCCGGAGUGGCGUCUAGAGUGGAGGAGAAGACCAUGCCUUUGAACUGGACAUGCUCUGAUAAUCUGUGCUCUGCUGUGGAAACCAGAAGGCAGACUGCCGGCACAAAAUACUUUUGUGGUUCAAUUCUUUAUGCACUAAGGUUUUAGGUUAACUAGUGGUUGUAGUUAAAAAUUUUAUAAAAUAUGGCUAAUGUGAAGGGGUUGUUUUUAGUAACAGCAGUUCAGUUUAGUUAUUUAAAAACUAUGAAGCCCCCAAACCAGCAGAUCUUACUGCAGAUGGAGUCACAUCAGCAGUGACUGAAGCCAGGAGCUUUGCUGUAUUUCAGUGUGUAACACAUGAACAGACACUUCUUCCACUUGAUUCUAGAAGCCUUAUAAAAACUUUAUUACAAAUUGGAUCUUAGCUAUU